AGCAAGGACUGGUCUACAUAUUCGUCACUCCACCCGCUACCUUCCUCCCUCCCUCCCUGAUCUCAUCUCGUUCGCGAGAGCUUGGUUGAAUUCUUGAUUGCGCAGCUCUGAAGGCUCUUUCUGUUUGGGAAUUUCUUCCGACUCAUUUUCCCAUCCUUGUUCGGAGAGGAAGCAGUCUGCUGGCCAGGAGUGAUUCUAGCUUGGGGAUCUUGGAAUUUUCAUUUUCCUGGUUAAGUGCGACUGCGACGCGGGAACAGGAAUGUGGAAGCUCGCGCGACUUGUUGCUGCUUCGAAUUUCCGCCGAGCGCGGCCUUUCUCCACCGCCAUCCCAUUGCCCUGUAUCGUCCACAAACGCGGCGCCGACAUCCUUCACGAUCCUUGGUUCAACAAGGAACCCUGGUAUAGGCAAACCAGCCUUGUGAUUGUUGAAGUUUCCCCCCCUCUCUUUGUAGCAGGAUACUGGAUUUCCAUUAACGGAAAGGGAUCGUUUGGGACUUCGUGGUCUCCUUCCACCUCGUGUUAUAUCAUUUCAGCAGCAAUAUGCUCGCUUCAGUUUUGUUUUCUCGAGACAGUGGAAUCGUAUCGAUCCUUGGAGAGAAAUACCAUGGGACAACCUGAAGGUGUUGUAUCAUUAGCAAAAUGGAGGAUCUUGAACCGACUGCAUGAUAGGAAUGAGACAUUGUACUAUCGAGUUCUUAUUGAUAACAUCAAAGAUUUUGCUCCAGUAAUUUACACACCAACAGUGGGCUUAGUCUGUCAAAACUACUCUGGGUUAUUCAGGCGUCCACGUGGGAUGUACUUCAGUGCAAAGGAUAAAGGAGAAAUGAUGUCAAUGAUAUAUAAUUGGCCAGCUCAUCAGGUAGAUAUGAUAGUCAUAACAGAUGGUAGUCGCAUUCUUGGGCUAGGUGAUCUUGGUGUUCAAGGAAUUGGUAUUCCCAUUGGGAAACUUGACAUGUAUGUUGCUGCUGCUGGCAUCAACCCACAAAGGGUUCUCCCGAUAAUGCUAGAUGUUGGUACUAACAACAAAAAGCUGCUCGAAGAUCCUCUUUAUUUGGGACUUCGGCAGCCCAGGCUGGAAGGUGCUGAGUAUUUGGCAAUUGUUGAUGAGUUCAUGGAAGCUGUACACACACGUUGGCCAAAGGCUAUUGUGCAGUUUGAAGACUUUCAAGCCAAGUGGGCAUUUGAAACACUGGAAAGAUACCGUGGAAGGUUUUGCAUGUUCAAUGAUGAUGUACAGGGAACUGCCGGUGUAGCACUUGCAGGUUUGCUUGGCACAGUGAGAGCACAAGGCCGCCCAUUGUCUGACUUUUCAAACCAAAAGAUAGUGGUAGUGGGAGCAGGAAGUGCUGGGCUAGGUGUAUUGAAGAUGGCUGUACAAGCUGUUUCUAGAAUGUCUGGAAACAAUGAAACUUCAGCUAAAAAGCAGUUUUUCGUGCUUGACAAAGAUGGCCUUAUCACUAAAGCUAGAAAGAAUCUUGAUCCAGCCGCAGCACCAUUUGCAAAAGAAUUGACAGAUGUUGAGGGGCUUAGGGAAGGCUCAAGUCUGAUUGAAGUGGUUAAAACACUGAAGCCCCACGUGCUUCUUGGUUUAUCUGGAGUAGGUGGAAUCUUCAACGAAGAGGUACUUAAGGCCAUGCGAGGAUCCGAUUCUCCCAGACCUGCAAUUUUUGCAAUGUCAAAUCCUACAAUGAACGCUGAAUGUACAGCCGCUGAUGCUUUUAAGCAUGCUGGAGAUAACAUAGUUUUUGCAAGUGGAAGUCCAUUUGAAAAUGUUGAUCUUGGAAACGGCAGAGUUGGGCAUGUAAAUCAGGCCAAUAACAUGUACCUUUUUCCUGGAGUUGGUCUUGGAGCACUUCUUUCAGGUGCUCGCCUUAUAUCAGAUGGCAUGUUGCAAGCAGCUGCAGAAUGUUUGGCUUCUUACAUGACCGAUGAUGAAAUCAAAAGAGGCGUCUUGUACCCAUCUAUUGACAGUAUUCGGGACAUCACGGCUGAGGUUGGAGCUGCUGUUCUCCGAUCAGCAGUGUCUGAAAAGCUCGCAGAAGGACACGGUGACGUGGGGCCCAAGGAGAUGAAACAGAUGUCAAAUGAGGAGACGGUGGAGUAUGUUAGGCGUAACAUGUGGUACCCUGUUUACAGUCCUCUAGUUCAUGAGAAGUAAGGUGUGCUCAAGUCGGACCCUUUGCUCACUAUGGAGGAUGGCUGAAUGGAAGAUAGUUGAUGGUAUAGUUGUUGUCGCAUCAUUACUAUUAUGUUGUUGCAAAAUGUGGCUGCCGCAUUGAAGUUCUGCAGCGCCUGGAAGGAAUUUGUCAGUGCUCCCUUUUACUAUUGCACGCCUGGGCUGAUGAUAAUUUUGUAUCCGAGUUAUAUGAUUACUACUAAGAUAUAGGAGGAAGAAAGCCUACUGGAAAUGUGAGGCUACCCUCUCAUUUCCUUUCGCACCUCUCUCUUUCAGUUUUGUUUCGUAUCUGUUGCUAACAGGCCUAAUGGCGCGGUAGCUCUUCCUAAUUCUUAUUUGUAGAACUACUUAUCAUUCAAUGUCAUAACCAAAAUGUUUCAUGGAGAUGAAAGCCUUGAGAGGGAAAGUAUAAGAUUUUCUUUUGAUCUG